GAUAUCUACAGCAAACAGGCCCAGUCACGGUUUAGAUUCCGGCAAGUGCGGUUCGCUUUGGGCUGUAUUUCAUCGCGCUUGACCUUCCAGCUUCGAUUGUCGACGCCGCUUCCUGUAUUGGUGAAAAUUUCUCUUUAGUCUCCGUUUCAAGAAAAAAAAGCACCGUCGUCAUGGCAACCAAAAUCAAGGCCGGACCCGUGGUGGAUAUCCUCGGUGACGAAAUGACUCGCAUCAUUUGGGACUCGAUCAAGGAGAAGUUGAUUUUGCCCUUCCUGGACAUCGAACUGCACACGUACGAUUUGGGUAUUGAACACCGUGACAAGACCGACGAUCAGGUCACGAUCGAUUGCGCCGAGGCCAUUAAGAAGUACAACGUCGGGAUCAAGUGCGCCACCAUUACCCCGGAUGAGGCCCGCGUCGAGGAGUUCAAACUGAAGAAGAUGUGGCGUUCGCCCAAUGGCACUAUCAGAAACAUUCUAGGAGGAACCGUAUUCCGUGAGGCGAUCAUUUGUAAGAAUGUGCCGCGUCUCGUUCCCGGAUGGGAGAAGCCUAUUGUGAUCGGUCGUCACGCUCAUGGAGAUCAGUACAAGGCAACGGAUUUCGUUGUGCCUGGUGCCGGCAAUUUGGAGAUUAAGUUCACUCCGACCGAAGGCGGAGAACCGAUCAGUUAUGUUGUCCAUCAAUACAAGGGACCGGGGGUUGCCAUGGCCAUGUACAAUUUGGACGAUUCCAUCGUAGACUUUGCUCAUUCUUCCUUCAAGGUUGCUCUUGAUCGCAAAUUUCCGCUCUAUCUGAGCACAAAGAACACCAUCCUGAAGAAGUACGACGGACGCUUCAAGGAUAUCUUCCAAGAGAUCUACGAUAAGGAUUACAAGAAACAGUUCCAGGAUGUGGGCAUUUGGUACGAGCAUCGUCUCAUCGAUGACAUGGUUGCGUAUUGUAUGAAGGCCGAAGGAGGCUUUGUGUGGGCCUGCAAGAACUACGACGGAGACGUUCAGUCCGACACCGUUGCCCAAGGUUUCGGAUCGUUGGGUCUUAUGACCUCAGUCCUGGUGUGUCCCGAUGGCCGAACCGUUGAGGCUGAGGCAGCCCAUGGAACUGUUACCCGCCACUACCGUCAGUAUCAGCAGGGGAAGGAAACUUCCACCAACCCGAUUGCGUCCAUUUUCGCGUGGACCCGUGGUUUGCUGCACCGCGCCAAGCUGGAUGAUAAUGCCGAGCUGAAGAAAUUCGCUGAAACACUGGAGAAGGUUUGCAUCGACACCAUCGAGUCCGGUUCCAUGACGAAGGAUUUAGCCAUUUGCAUCAAAGGUAUGGCCAGCGUGACGCGUGCCGACUACCUGGAGACAUUCGAAUUCAUGAAUAAAUUGGGUGAAAAUUUAAAGGCUGCAUUGACAUAAUUUUUUGGUCGUGGUGAAUGUUAUUUAACGUUAGGAUAAAAUACUGCGGAAUUCUCAAUGAAUGUAUUACACUUUUUCAUAAACGGUUUUUGUAAUUUCUCCAAAUACAGGAAGUAGAAUCUGGAAAA